AUGCCCAAGUUCGUUCCCCGCCAGCGAAAGCACAAAGCUCGAGAUAGGCAUAACCAGCCUAAGUUGCCACAAGAUACCAAUGUUGCCGAGGUAGCUCCAGUGUCCAAGAAGGAGAAGGAAGAGAAAAGACAAAAGUUGCGAGAGGAAUUGAGAGCUCAGCAGUCGAAAAUAUCGGGAAAAAAACAAAAGCGAUUGGAUAAGUAUAUUGAUACCAAACUACGGAAGGACGAGAACCUCACACUCAUCAAAAAGCUCGCUAAAUCGAAAAUCGACACAAGCCAGCUUCAGAGCUCCCGUUCAUUAGCACGAUCAAAUAAACCGCUAUCCAAGAGGCCUCAAUUGCCAUCAGGUAGUAAAAAGGGUUCGAGCUCAGAGACAGUUGAAUCCGAAAGUUCUGGUUCCGAUGAUGACCUUCCUUCGUCACGGUCUCAUAUCAAUGCUCGGGGAGACGGAGACAUACCCGCCAAUACUGAAGUUGGAAGCGGCCUUAAGCGACCACUAGAGAUUGGCGAGGAUGGGCGUCCUAUCAUAAAGCGACGGAAGAGGAUGCCAAAAACAAAGCCAAUCGAAAUCCAAGAGCCGGCUUGGGAGGGUUUUGAUUCAGAAUCUGAGUCUAGCGCAGAUAAAGAACAAGGAGAUUCAGAAGCGGACUCACACCGUGGAAGUGGUGAGUCCGAGGAAGACACUGUUUCAGACUCAGAGAAUGAGGAAAAUUCGUCCUUUGAAAGCGAAGCUGAAACCGAAAAGAAAAUUAAACCUCGCCAAUCUGCAUUUAAAUCGUGGGCGGUACAACAAAUCAAUGAGGCAGCAGGGUUUACUCCAGGUACUGUUGCUGCUCCCACGCUUCCUCAAAAUGCCAAAAAUUUUAAACGGAGAGAUACGACAGAAGAAGAGGAACCACUACCUCAAGAACUGAGAGUGACAAAUGGAGAUACGAGUAGGAAGUCAUUUGCUAUCCAGAUAAAUAGGCCCGAACAUAUCCAAGCCGCUCGCUUGAAUCUUCCUGUUGUUGGGGAGGAGCAGAAGAUAAUGGAAGCCAUUCACAACAACCCUUGUGUGGUCAUAUGGGGGGCAACAGGAAGUGGAAAAACUACUCAACUACCCCAGUUUCUUUUUGAGGCCGGUUAUGGAAGCCCUGAUAGUCCCAAUCCUGGAAUGAUUGGUAUCACUCAGCCAAGACGAGUGGCUGCUGUCAGUAUGGCGAAGCGUGUCAGCGAGGAGCUUGCUCAAUACUCGGACAGGGUCUCCUAUCAAAUUCGUUUUGAUACUUCAGUUACAUCAAAGACUGCAAUCAAGUUUAUGACAGAUGGUGUCCUGAUCAGAGAGGUGGCACAGGACUUUUCACUUUCGAAAUAUUCCACGAUCAUAAUUGAUGAAGCCCACGAAAGGAGUGUCAAUACCGAUUUACUAAUAGGCAUGGUUAGCCGUAUCGUGGAUUUGCGGAAAACUAUGAACUCAGAAAAUCCAUCCAUAAAACCAUUGAAACUAGUCAUCAUGUCUGCAACUUUACGGACAUCCGAUUUCCUUCGAAACCCAAACCUCUUCCGCAGUGGAACUCCACCCCUUGUCCAGGCGGAAGGGCGACAGUUUCCUGUCACUAUUCACUUCUCUCGCCGAACUCAUCGAGAUUAUGUUGAAGAAGCGUUCCGAAAGGUUUGUAGGGGUCAUCGUAAACUGCCUCCCGGCGGUUUUCUUGUCUUUCUCACGGGUCAGGGCGAAAUCAAGGACCUCUCAAAGCGUCUCAAAGCUGCACUAAAAUGCACACAGCCUUCCAGCCGUUCACAAGCCAAAGUUCAGAUCAGACCGUCGGAGGCCUCCGUAGAGGCAGACGAUAUUGACUUUGGUCGUGGAGGAGAGUCUGCUGCCGCUUUUGAUGGAGACGAUGAUUUUGAUAGCGAUAUCGAUAUAAGGGGAACAGAUGAAGACGAGGAAGAUGAUGAAUUCGAUGAAGAGGAGGGCGCUGUCGACUCAAAAUCUUCUGUCCAUGUACUGCCUCUGUAUUCCCAACUGCCAACAACAGAACAGCUUCGAAUUUUUGAACCGGUGCCCGAAGGUUCUCGUCUUAUUGUGCUUGCAACGAACGUCGCUGAAACCAGUUUGACAAUACCCGGAAUCAGAUACGUCUUUGACUGUGGACGUUCAAAGGAAAAGCAGUAUGACCUAUCCACUGGUGUCCAGAGUUUCCCAAUUGGAUGGAUCAGUAAAGCGAGUGCAAGCCAGCGUGCUGGACGUGCUGGCCGUACACGGCCUGGCCAUUGUUACAGACUCUACUCAUCUGCGGUCUAUGAAGAUUCGUUUGCAGAACAUACGGAACCAGAAAUUCUCCGUACCCCUAUCGAGGGGGUGGUGUUGCAAAUGAAGCACAUGGGUCUACAUCACAUCAUUAACUUCCCUUUCCCUACUCCUCCGGACCGUAUUGGUCUUGCCAAAGCAGAACGUCUUCUCAAAAACCUCUCUGCUUUAUCACUAGAUGGGCAGGUCACAGAUGCAGGUCAACAUCUUACACUGUUUCCCCUGAGCCCGAGAUUUGGAAAAAUGUUACAUAUCGGCCAUCAGCAUGACUGCAUGCCAUAUACAAUAGCCCUGGUAUCCGCACUCUCAGUGUCAGAGGUGUUCAUUCAAGAAAACCAGCUUGAUUUAACGAAAGACAAACCUGCUGGAGAUGAUGAGGAAGAAGACAAAGUGUACACAAACGCAGAUAGACUCGAAGACGAUGCCAGAGAGCAGCGCCGAAAGGACUAUCAGAGAGCGCAGAGGAUAUUUAGCAAGCACGAUGAAAAGUCUGAUGCUAUGAAAUUCCUCACAGCAGUUUGCGCAUAUGCGUAUGCCCCUAACGGGGAAAAAUUCUGCUCUGAAAUGUUUUUGCGACCGAAUGCUAUGAAAGAGGCGUCGCAACUACGUCGUCAGAUAUCCAACCUGGUUCGGAUUAACAAUCCAAACUUGUUGGCGCAAUUUGAACCCCGUCUACGUGAACCAUCCGAAAAACAAAUCAGGGCAUUGAAACAGAUUACAGCUGCAGGUUUUAUUGAUCAAAUUGCUAUCCGUGCGGAUGCUUCCCCAGUUCGCCUCGAUAUGCCGCGGAAACCGAGAAGGGCCAUUGAUGUGCCAUACCUGACACUAUUUCCGUCUCGCGACCACUAUUCCUCUGAAUUAGAGGACAGGGCAGUUUAUAUACACCCUUCGUCCAUUCUUGCUAAGCUUUCAUUAAACGAGCUCCCCCAAUAUGUGGUGUAUUCUCACUUGCAGCAGUCUACAUCUUCCCAUAUUGGAGACAGUCCCAAAGUUCGUAUGUUCCCUCUCACGCCUGUAAGCGGUCUUCAAUUGUCUGCCCUUGCACAGGGCACACCCCUGAUUGAAUAUGGCAAACCAAUUGGGAAGAUCGAGAGUUUGGGAGGGUCGCCUGAAAGACGAGAAUGUUGGGUGGUCCCUUCACUCGUUGGAGAGCCUGGAAGUACUGGUUGGCCAUUACCAGCUAAGAAAGUUAUUCAGGUCAGGGAUAAGAAACAUGGAUGGAUUAUCGACCGCUUCGUUCAAUAG